AUGUACGCGACUGAGAAGAAGAAGGACGGCUCUUUUGCGCCGCCGCCCAUGGCACCGCCGCCGCCGACGUAUGGACAGGCCAACCAGCAGGUAGCCUCCGGCACCUAUGCGCCGCCGCCCAUGGCACCGCCGCCGCCGACGUAUGGACAGGCCAACCAGCAGGUAGCCUCCGGCACCUAUGCGCCGCCGUCGAUUCCGCCGCCAGCUGCGCGCAUGAUGUCGACGUCCUCGACUGUGCCGGCGGGACAGGACCGUAAUUGGCCCACGGUCGAAAACAUCUUCCGACAGCUGGAGUACUGCGUUGCAGACCAGCUUCGCGCGAUUGCGGAGCGUAUCGUCUCCGUCCAGGCUGUUGAGAACAUCGCCGAGCGCUGGAACCUGCCGCUAGACCAGGCCAUCAAGCUUGUGAAGCUCGCCCUGUUUGACGUGGUCAUCUAUGUCGAUGACUCCGCUUCCAUGGAGCGCAUGGAGGGCGGACAGCGUGUGCAGCAACUGCACAACAUCCUCAGCCAAAUUGCAUUCUGUACGGCUCUUCUGGACGACGACGGUAUCGACAUCGAGUUCAUCAACGCGCCCUUCAACGGCAAGAACAUCCGCAACGCUGACCAGGUGCACGACCUUCUCUUCCGUGUGCAGUACAAGUACAACACGCGCUUGGGAACGCAGAUGCGGGCCAAGAUCCUGGACCCGUUCGUGCGCGACGCCCAGCGCGGCCAGCUGAAGAAGCCCCUCGUUCUCAUCACCAUCACCGACGGAGAGCCGCAAGGCGAGCCUCGCAACAUGAUUUACGAUGUCAUCUUGAAGGCCGACAAGGAGCUCCGCAAGACGAGGUACGGUAGGGACGCUAUCUCGUACCAGUUCGCCCAGGUCGGAAACGACAGACAAGCCCAGGACUUCCUGGGUGAGUUGGACGAGGACCGCCGCAUCGGAGACCUCGUCGACUGCACGUCGCGCUACGAACUCGAGGCCGAGGAGUGGAUGCGCAAGACUCAGUCGCCCCUCUCGCGCGAGGAGUGGCUUGCAAAACUCCUCCUCGGCCCCGUCGACACAAGCUACGACGGCCGCGACGAGACCCUUAACGAGGCCAACCUCGGCGGUGGCCUCGCUCCGAACCUCAAGCGUGGAAGUACCAUGAAGAAGCUCAAGGGCCUCUUCCGAUAA